AGGGAGGUUAGAAUGGAACCAAGGCUCUUUCCCUCAAGGAGAAUACCCAUGAUCCCAGCACUAUGUGUUUACUUUGAAGAGCUACCCAGAUUCCCUUUGGAGAUAUGACCAUGAUUUCCAGUCACUGAAAAUCCUGAAGGAUACUGUGUGGCCCUUUGCCAACCAGCAUCCCCUCUUGUUACCUUUCCUGUGACAGUCUAUUUCCAAUGACUGAACUGUGGGGCAUGGGUAUAAAGGGCAAGACCUGCGUUUCAUUCUGGAAAGUUCCAACGAACCUCAUUCUAAAUUCAGAUCUCCCUGCACACUGACCCAGCCCCAUGGAGACUGUGUCAUGGACACUUCUCCCUCCAUGCAAUCUGCUACUCUCCAUCCUUUAUCCUGGUUUUGAAUCCUGAAUAAGCCUUAAUAAGGCUCCUCACUGGCUCCAUCUACAGACAACGGAGUCCAGGAUCCUGGACCCUGAGGCCUCAUGAUCCUGUGGUGGAUCCCAGAAGAAACAGCCCCCUCUUGUGCUUACAGCCUGGACCAGGCCCCUCUCAGUGACCAGGUGAUGAUGGAGCUCAGGACUCUGGAGGCAAAGAAUCCACGGCUGCUCAUCUCCAGCAUAUGGAAUCCACGUGUGAUGGAUCCUACUAAGAACAUGGAUAGAGAAGAAAUGGAUGAUAAUCCGAACUCAUUUAAAUGGCAGAGACUACAGGCAGAGGAGUGGUACGCACAAUUUACACCUCCAGAGUCCUUCCAUACUUCUGCUCCUGACUCCCCAAGAGACAAGCACCUGGAACCACUGGGGACUGAAGAUGACUUCUGGGGCCCUACAGGACCUGUGGCUACUGAGGUGGUUGACAGUGAGAGGAACCUGUACCGAGUUCAGUUCCCUGUGCCUGGUUCCUACCACUGUCCCAACUCAGGACUCCGCUUUGUGGUGACAAGGGCAGUGACCAUCGAGAUUGGAUUCUGUGCCUGGAGCCAACACCUGGACAAGACUCCCUUGCAGCACAGUCACAUGGUGGCUGGGCCUCUGUUUGACAUCAAGGCUGAGCAGGGAGCUGUGGCUGCUGUGCACCUCCCUCAUUUUGUGGAUCUCCAAGGUAACCAAGGGAAGCAUAAGGAGUAGGUGGUGGUAAUGGGAGGAGUUGACAGGUCAUAUUGCAGACUAUAGAAUGAUGUGAUGUAGAAAGGUCUCAUGGCUUCCUUAAGACACUUAGCACAGCAGGUUAUGAAGGUGGACACUGAUGUUUUGUCGUCCCUUCUUGUCUGAUGUAUCUUCUUUGAAGCACAUGUCUCCCGGCCUUAUGAUUUUAUUUCUGUUUUACCUGAAGUGUAUUUACUCAGUACCAACAUUAGCUGGUGAUUAUUAAGUGCUUAUUACCCAACAUGUGCCUUGGGACCUCAGCAGGGAAGUGAGAAUAAACUGAGAAAUUUGAAGAGAGUGUUGCAAAGUGAGACUAAGGAAACUGACAAGGAUCAUUUGGUACCCAGAGUCUACCAACGCUAUAAGCCAUUACACUGCCACAGGCAGGGAU